UCGCAUUUCAUCUCACUCUAUCUUCAAAUCAAUCUUGAGAGCUGACAGAGAGAGAAGCAGAAGGAGCAAUGGCAGCAGAGAAGGAACUGAAGCUGCUGGGUUUCUGGAUCAGCCCUUUCAACAUCCGAUGCAGGAUCGCACUGGCGGAAAAGGAGCUGGAGUACGAGUACAAGGAGGAGAAUCUCGCGGAGAAGAGCGAGCUUCUGCUGAAAUCAAAUCCGGUGCACAAGAAGAUCCCCGUGCUGCUCCACCACGGUAAACCUAUCUGCGAAUCCCUCAUCAUAGUCCAGUACAUUGACGAGGUCUUCCCCAGCAGAGGAAAAGCCCCACUCCUCCCCUCCGAUCCCUACGCCCGCGCCCUUGCCCGCUUCUGGGCUGACUUCAUUGACAAAAAGACCUUCUUGUGAUGCCCCAAGCUUGCAGCAUGGGGGAAGCGCUGCCUGAAGCGGGAGAGUGUCGCCCAGUCUCUCCCGGAUCCUAAGAAGGUGUCGGAGUUUAUAAGCUCACGAAGAAAGAAGCUUGGCGUCGAAUAGAAUACGAUAUGUGUGGGAUUGAGAUGAGCUUCACUGAUCUGAAUAAGUGUGUUGCCGGCCGGCGGCUGAUUCCGGCCAGUUGCCAGUUUAGAGUUGUAUCUUGAUUGAGAGUGAUAGUAUCCAAAUAAUGCUAUUUGUGAUGGCUUCUUACAUUUGAUGAUGAAUAAUUGUUAUGAUUUA